UAGCCUGUGCAAACAGAGCGCCGCGCUCGGUUUCCUGCCCGAGGAAGCUCCCCGGCCAGGCAGCUGGAGGAGGAGGAGGAUGGCCAAGUCGACCGGGUUGCGGCUCUAUCAGGUAACCUUGCUCGGUUUGGUUUUGGGCAUGAACGUCUGUGCUGGAUUUACAGCUCAUCGUUUCAGAAGAUCUGGUGAAUUUGGGGAGGAGGGUCCGGACUCAGUCUUAUCCGAUUCCCCCUGGAUCAGUACUUAUGGCUCCUGCAAAAACCGAUGCUUUGAACUUGAUGAAGCAGAGCCUCCAAGGUGCCGUUGUGACAACCUGUGCAAGAGCUAUAGCAGCUGCUGUGUUGACUUUGAUGAACUGUGUUUAAAGACAG